AACUUCCUUUACGAGUCUGUCCAUAUUUAUCGCCAUGCUCACGAUUAGCCUACUGUUUGUUUACAUUAAGAAAGUCGCUUAUGAUGACGUAUAAGAGAACGUUUAUGGUUGGAGAGCGUAGAGAUUCUAAUGGCGUAUUUUUGUAGGCACUAAUUCCGCCGUGGUUUGUUGGACAAAGGGUAUGGGGAAAAUGAAUGUCGUUUUUGGAUAAAAUGCGAAAAUAAGGGAUGGCUGAACGAACCAAAGAACAGACUCAAGUUGUCGGUGCAUGGACUCCACAACGUGUCGAAACCGUUCCACAGGGAUGUUGGCCCAUGUUGACUCAAAUGAUUUCCACAGUUGUGUCAAGUUGGCUGGAUACACAAGUUCAAAGGCACUUCAAUAUUUUGUCUUGUCUAUUCACCCUCUGAAUGGCACACAUACACAAUCAAUGUCUCAAGGCUUAAAAAUCCUUCUUUAACAUGUAUCCUCCCCUUCAUCUACACUGAUUGAAGUGGAUUUAAAAAGUGACGUUAUUCAGGGAUCAUAGCUUUCACCUGGAUUCACCUAGUCAGUCUAUGUCAUGGAAAGAGCAGGUUUUCUUAAUGUUUGGUACACUCAGUGUGUAUAUAUAAGACCAUUGGCUACAAGCAAAAUUACAGGACCUCUCCAAAUCAAAUAAUCUUUUCAACAAAUCUAUGGUUUUAUUCCAUUAUCACAUUUGUGGCUACAAGCAAAAUUACAGGACCUCUCCAAAUCAAAUAAUCUUUUCAACAAAUCUAUGGUUUUAUUCCAUUAUCACAUUUGUUGAGAAGCAAAUACACACACAAGAUGCAUCAGAUAUUCAGGUAUUGAUUUGAAUAAUAAAAGCAUAGAUUUUUUUUGAAAAAAAAUAAGUGGCAAACAUAGACAAUUCUAAAUACAGUAGGCCCUUAGCCUAUUUUGAACAUGCACACACAGAGAAAUCAACCUUUUAAUGAUAUGUAUUUUAUGUCGGCAUGUGCAAAUGUACUGUAAGGAAAUGGGGUUUUGAAGUAACCAUUAACCAUAUCUGCUAUCCUGACAGUACUUAUGUGGGCUUUCAUAGAUUCCGUUAAAGAUUCCGUUAUAGAUUCCGUUAUAUCAAAUGGGAACAAUAGAUCUCUUAUUCUUCUGAAUACUGUAAUUGAACUCUUUGGAAAAUGGUGGGAUUGCAGGGGUGAACUUUUCCAGUCUUGAACAGAACUCCACUGUUAUUUGAAUUGGAUGGGUUUGAUCCCCCAUUGAACUCAACAAAGACACAGCAUUUGAUUCAGUAUGUUCGCUGAGAGAGCUAAAAAGAAAAAAGAAUUUGGUUGAGCACAGAAAUGUAAGGCGACUUUUAGAGCCAGCUGGGGAAAAAAUGAUUAAAAUCAUUAUUUUAGGAUAAUAUUAUUAUAGCUGCAUAAUUUUACAUAUGCUAUUAUAAUGUUUUUGUUAUUAUGAUUUUGAUUUGGUUUUUUAUCAUAUUGUUAUUAGCCUAUAUUGCUAUAAUUGGGAUUUUAUUAUGCUAUUCCUAUUACUAUUAUCAGCAGCAGCAGCAAUAGCAACAUUAUCAAUGAGCGAGACGCAGGUGCUCUUCCAGCUUCCAUAGACUCUUCUAAUGAAUAGGCCGUUCCGCAUUAACCAUUCAAGGAUUUCGUACGCGCAUAAAUAAUAGUCUGUGUCUCUCAAAAAAUAAGCGCCGCUCUCAGCGCGAUCUCUCCAGGGACUUGAGGCUUUCAUCUUUUCUUAUCCGAUCGAGCCAAAUAGAUACGUAUUCAGACAUUCAGAAUAAAACACGUAGAGCUAGCCUAGUUCUUACAAAUAAGUAAUACUUUAAAAACUGUGUAGCCUACAUUGGAUCUAUUUUCACUUUUGGAAUUAUAACGUAUUUUGGAGGAUUUUAAUCUGUCCAAGGAUCGGAGACCUUUGUUUUAUCUUCCUUCUCCUGCAUUUGUAAAUACUGCGCCUUGCAGAACGAAUCUUUUGGAUUAGUGCCUGGUCAUUGAGAUACAAGCUGCAUUCAUCACUGCAAAUUCAUCGAAGCAAAUACAGACAUUCAAGAUUUGGCAUUGAAACAUUUUAAUUUAGGAUUUUUCCUUGAGGUUCAUGUUCAGAAAUAUUCGACGGACUGGUUGUCACCAGAGAGCAACACGAGGAUGGGAUAUGCAAGCAAAACCCUGAACGGAUGCAUGGUGUUGAUUUGGAUCGCCACGGUCCUGCUUUUAUCGGAGACCAGAAGAGUAAAGCAACCUAGAUGCCCCGCAUCUUGUACGUGCACCAAAGAUAAUGCACUGUGUGAAAAUAUAAGAUCGGUCCCUCACAGCUUUCCACCUGAUGUCGUUUCAUUAUCUUUUGUCAAGUCUGGAUUCACCGAAAUCACUGGAGGAAGCUUCUUACACACGCCUGCUCUACAGCUUCUUCUAUUCACUGCCAACACGUUUGACUCAAUUGAUGAGGAUGCGUUCCUGGGACUACCGCAUCUGGAGUACCUGUUUAUCGAAAACAACAAAAUUGCUUCAAUAUCACCAUAUGCAUUCCGGAGCCUAAAAGCACUGAUACACCUGAGCCUGGCCUAUAAUAACCUUGAGACAUUACCCAAAGAUGUUUUCAAGGGCAUGGAUGCUUUGGCUAAAGUAGAUCUGAGAGGGAACCACCUGGAAUGUGACUGCAAACUAAAGUGGCUAGUGGAGUGGAUGCGUACCACCAAUGCGACGGUUGACCAGAUCUCCUGCAGUGGGCCCCCGCUUUUCCAAGGGAAACUGAUCAAUGACCUUGUGCCCGGGUCAUUUGACUGCAUAACAGCAGAGUUUGCCUCUUAUCAGCCCCUGACGUUUGAAUCCAUUUCGGUGGAGUCUUUUACCUUUGGCAUGGACCAGUUUGUUGUGUUUGCCCAGCCCUUCACUGGUACAUGCAGCUUCCUGGAAUGGGAUCACGUUGAAACGGUUUUCAGAACCUAUGACAGCGUUCAAAGUACAUCCACUGUGGUAUGCAAACCCAUGGUGAUUGAUAAUCAGCUGUUCAUCAUUGUAGCCCAGCUCUUUGGUGGCUCUCACAUUUACAAGCGGGACAUCUCUGCCAACAAAUUCAUAAAAAUCCAGGACAUUGACAUCCUGAAAAUCAGGAAACCUAAUGACAUUGAGACUUUCCUUAUAGAUGGUGAGUCCUUCUUCGUGAUCGCAGACAGCUCCAAGGCCGGUUCUACCACAGUGUACAAAUGGAAUGGCAAUGGGUUCUACUCUCACCAGUCCCUUCAUGCCUGGUACCGCGACACAGACGUGGAGUACCUGGAGAUCUCUGGUAAGCCCCAUCUGAUCCUAGCCAGCAGUUCCCAGAGGCCUGUUGUCUACCAGUGGAGCAAGAGCCUGAAGAAGUUUGACAGGCGCACUGAUAUCCCCGAAAUGGAGGACGUGUUUGCGGUCAAGCACUUUAAGGUGAAGAGUGAACUUUUCAUCUGCCUGACGCGUUUCAUCGGGGACUCCAAGGUGAUGAGGUGGGACGGUUCCAUGUUCAAAGAGGUACAGACAAUGCCUUCGCGAGGCUCCAUGGUGUUCCAGCCCAUCUCCAUCGGCAACUGGCAGUACGCCAUCCUCGGCAGCGACUACUCCCUGACGCAGGUCUAUCAGUGGGACUUGAAGAGGGGCCAAUUUGUUUACUUCCAGGAUCUAAACAUACAGGCACCAAGGGCAUUCUCUCUGGUGUCCAUUGACAACAGAGAGUUUCUGCUGGCCUCCAGCUUCAAAGGGAAAACUCAGAUAUACGAGCACCUAAUGAUUGACCUGAGUAAUAAUUAAUUAAUGAAAACAAUUAAGGAGUGUGCAGUUGACAAGUGCAGUAGCACUGAACACUGUGGAGAGGAUGACUAUACUGCACCGCUAUUUGCAUGAUAUAGCCCACUAAUAAGAAAGAAUUCCUGAUGAAUGCCUUGCUAGAAACAUCUACUGUGUCCCUCUCUUUCACAGCACUCUUUCUUCUUUUUUUCCUCGUAGACAAAGCAAUUGUUGACAUACAGCAGCUAAGCCCUACACUACGGUAACUACAGUAAUUCCUGUGCUAUAAGAUAAACUUAAGAGGUAAAAUAAAGUAAACAAGAAUUUUGCUUGUAAAGUACUCAUUAUCAUUUAAUUGACAAUUUCCCGAAUCAAAUGUUUACGUUUUUACAAUGAUGAGUAAAUUAAUACAGCGUUUUGUAUGUAGAGGGGACCACUCCAAUCAUGUUAUAUCUUUCAUAUGGAGCUAUAGUUUUAGAUUUUGAAAUUACAUUUUUAAUUGAACCUAAUCUAGGCCUAAAUCUGUGUAAUUGCAAUACUACAAAAACCACACAUGCAUUCUAAUCUGUAGUAAGAGUGAGUUUUGUUUUAAAUGUUGCUGUAUUUUAUGUAUAGUAGACUAGUAAUAAACCAAUUUCAUAAAAGCAUA